AUGGUAGCAGAUGCUUUGAGCCAAAAAUCACCCAGUAUGGGUAGCUUAGCCUUUCCAAAGGCAGAAAAGAGACCUUUGGCGAUGGAGGUUCAGUCUUUGGCUAGACAGUUGAUUCGUGCCAGCCAAUUUGAGGAUGACAAGUUGAGAGUUAUACGAGACAAAGUGUUGAAAGGUGAAGCUAAGUCCACUUUUCUUAAUCCCGAGGGAGUUUUGAGGAUUCUUGGUCGCAUUUGUGUUCCUAAAGUUUAUGGUUGGCCUAUGAUAGAUGAAGGCCUUUCAUUUUUGGGUGAUACGAUGCAAAGGAUGCCCAUUCCUGAGUGGAAGUGGGAGUGCAUUAUUAUAGACUUUGUGGUUGGAUUUACCCUGACUUUGGGUAAGUAUGACAUUGUUUGGGUGAUUGUGGACCGGUUGACCAAGUCAGAUCAUUUCAUUCCAAGGAAGGCUAGGCUUAGAAGUGGUUUUCUCUCCUCCGCUUUCUUCCCCCCCAAAAUGCCAGUUCCGCCAUCAGGGCCUAGCAAGAAGCAUAAUUCUGUUCCAAAGCUUCGUUUCAUUCCAGCAACAGAAGAAGAUCCUAGUCAGGGUGUUUGUUGGGGUGGUUGA